CCAAUAUUCCUCUUUGGAAUGGCGUACAUGUUUGGACGUGUUUGCUCCGCUCGGUGGGAAAGCUGCGGGCCCGCGUUCGCAAUUUCGUUGUAAUCCCAGCGCCGCCUCCGCGUAGCCGUCGUAUUAUCUUUGAGUCUGCUAACCGAAUCUUUUAAAUCUCAGUCCUUGUUGCGAGCGUUAUAUCUUUUGCCAAGCAGCGGGAGCGAAAAAGCAACAAACAAAAAAUGCCAAACAACAAAGCUUUGGGAGAAUUGUGCGCGUAAUUCCGUUGAUUUGGGCAGCGCUGUCCGUGUGCGUGAGCGUGUGGUAGUGCAAAAGGCAAUACGAAAUACAAACGUAAAACGGAAAUGCAAAGAAGAAACAACACAAAACAAAGUGAUUUGAUUUUUUCAAUCCCGCCGCCGCCCCAUCUUCGAAGGAGAGCCAGCAGAGCGCCAUCCAAGCAACAACAAUGAGAAAAUACUCAUCGUAGCGCCCGAAAUCGAAAGGCCAAAGCGAAGAGUAUUGGGAAGCAGCAACAGUUUUUGUAAUCGUCCCCCCACCACCCGAUAUAGGAUAUAGUCGCAGACUUUGUUUGGGGAUCGAACGCGCGAGCAAACCACCCGGAGGAGGAGUUGGAGUUGGAGGAGGAGGAGGAGCAGAAGCCAUCGGGCAAAGGGCAUACACGGCCAAGCGGAAUACACGUCGACGAUUGCAAUGUUUUUGUUUUACAAUCGAAGCCUCUUUGCCAUUGAACUGUUUGAGAUUCUGCUGCUGCUGCUGCCACUGCUGCUGCUGACCGAUAACAAUGGAGGACUGACCCUCACCAAUCAGCCAACAACAGUUGCUGCCGCCGUCUCACAACCGAAGAACACAAGCGCCCUCCGACCAUAUUUACAGAUCAAGAAGCAUUCCGUCACACGCGUGACGAUCAGCAAGCCGCAUGCCCCCUACUAUCUGCCCUGCGUGCCCAUACUGAAUCCCUACAGCAACUAUCAGGAUAACCAACCCAUUUACUGCAGCUGGUAUCGGAAUGGUGUGGCCAUCGAAAAGUUAUCCAUACGCAAAAGUGACUUUUUCAUCUACGAGAAUGGCACGUUGCGUCUGCCACCAAAUGAGCGGGCCAGCGGCGUUUAUCGCUGCAAGAUCGAAUGGGAUGAAUCGGCUGUCAUUUCCGACAGCAUAACCGUCGAGUAUCCAGUUAUCAAACGUUUCUUUCCGGGCCAACAGCAGGCGGCUAAUAUCAGCGCUUUGGAGAGCAAACCCCUUGUCCUCAGCUGUCCCUUUCUCAGUGUGCCCGCUGCACGGAUAAGCUGGUACUUUGCCAACGAAUCCCUGGCCAAUGACAACAGUGCUCUCAUCCUGUCGAAUGGCACUUUGAUUUUGCGGCAUUUACGCCGCGAACAAGCGGGCAAAUACAAAUGCUUGGCCCAGAACCCGUACGCCAGCAAGGCACACCGCCAGUUUGUGUGGCUGCUGCGCGUCGAGCCGAACGGUGGGCAGCGAGAGACGGCCGUGUCGGAGGCGCAGCUGUUGCCUGCGUUCCAGAAUGGCACCGUGUAUGUGGCUGCGGGCGGGUCCGUGCUGCUGCAGUGCCAUGCGGUGGCCGACUUUGUGCCCAUCGAGUGGUGGCUGAAGUAUCCAAACAAUACGCUGGCCAAGAUGAGCAACAACAGUGUGGCAUUGGCCAUCUCGAAUGCCAGUGUGUCGCGCCACGAGGGCCACUACAGCUGCAUCACGCCCCUGGAGACGCAGACGUUCCAUGUGAUUGUAACGACACCGCCGCGCAUUGUGGGCAGCCUGCCCGUCGAGCUCGUCUUCAUCAGCCUGUCAAAGACGCUCAGUUGCCGUGCCGAGGGCCAUCCGCGGCCGAGCAUCACCUGGUACCACAACGGACAGCAGCUGAACAGUUCCUACACGCGCUACAUCAGCGGCAAUGAUCUGCACAUCCACUCGUUUGACCCGGAGGAGGAGGGCAUCUACCAGUGCAUGGCCCGCAAUGUGGCCGGCGAGGACUCGGCCACCGGCGAGAUGCGCUUCAAGCGGCAGCUGGAGCAGGGCAAUCCGUUGCAGAAUAUACGCUGCUAUCCGCACAGCUUCCACACCAUCAACAUCACGUUCGACAGCAGCACCCUCGAGUCGAUGUUCGUGGUGUACAUUGUGCGCAGCAAUCCGCACAGCUGGACCUCCUUUGCCCCCAUGAAACUAAAUCACACCUCGUUCGUGGUCAUCUCCACCAAUCUGCCGGUCUAUCGGCCAUUUGCACUGAUCACACGCUUCCUGUAUCCCACCUCCGAGGUGCGCUCCGGCACCGCAGUGCCACAGCAAAUGAUUGUCAGUUCGCUGCGCAGCACGCCAGUCACCUGCUGCACCCAGGGAUUGAUGCUGCGUCCCAUCGGUUUGGGCAAUGACACCUACGUGAAGUGGUCGCAGGCCGAGCUGGACAACAAGAAGUACUUCAUACUGCAGUUCUCCAUCAAUCACACGCAUCCGCAUCCCAGCCAGCUGCUGAACGGGCCCCUGCACGGCACCCUGUCGCCCGUCGAGGAGAAGGUGGACGAGGUGCGCCGCCAUUUGACCAUCAUACAGCCGCUGAAUCAGACGGCCGCUGCCACCGUGCUGCGGAAUGCCGAGCACGAGGUGCUGGACAACGAGGUGGACGAUGUCACGCUCGAGAUGGAGGAGGACAUCUUCAGUUUGGUGGUGGACGCCAGUGUGACGGGCAUGCUGCUGCAGCGUUUCGUGCGCAUCAAGAUGCGGGUGCUGAUCAUCACCAGCGAGAACGAGUUCCUCGGCCAGGACUUUCGCUAUGUUCAGUGGAAGAUUAUUGAGAACGGCACCUCGGAGCAGUCGAAUAUGCCGUUUCGCUUGACCACCAUGGAGUCGCGGGCGCUGGCCUUCAAGUUUCUGGACAGCCUGAACGAGACGUGUGUGUACGAGUGCCAUUUGGUUAAGCCCAUGCACAACACCAAUCAGGAGUCCAAGUGCCAGGAGCGCACCAUAUUCAACUCUGUGCUGCUGGUGAGCGGCCUCAGUGCCAACGAGCGAUACAAUUUCCAUUUCUACAACUGCAAGACGCGCAUCUUCUAUGGCGAAAUGGAUGUGCGCACCCUGCCAGAUCCUCCUGGCACCAUCAGCAAUUCAAAAUUGAUUAAGCAGAAUGGCCUGAAACUGAUAUGGGAACCGCCAGUGAACCCCAAUGGACGGGUGCAUCACUACAACAUCAUUUGGACGCUGGACAGUGUGAUGCACGAGGCGAAUGUGCUCGAGUGCAGCGUCUGCUCGUACAAGUUUCCCAAUGUCUCGGUGUCGGAUAAAAUUCAUGUGGCUGUUCGCGUGGUGGGCGAGACGGGCGUGGGUGCGCCCAUGUACUUCGAUAUGGCCAGCAAUAGCCACAAUCUGCUGGAGGAGGAUCGCGCCUCAUCCCGUUCGGAGGUGUACAGCGGCAUUGCCAUCGGCUCGCUGCUGUCCAUCGCCUGCGUGCUUGUCUUUGGGCUGUUCAUCAUACUGCAGCAGCGACGGUUCAAGGCACGGGUACAGGGUCCCACGCACCUCACCACGCCCACGGACAUCAAUUUCGGGAACCUGAGCAGCGCCUCGGGCAUGCCCGGCGAUAGCGCUGGCGGCCUCAGUGGCGGCACACUGCAGCAGGACUGCCACGAGAUGCAGACGCUCAUUCCACGCUCGCGCUACCACAUCGAGCUGCUGCCGGAGCACACGCUGGAGUACCAGACGAGCACGGCACACGCUGCCUCCGUCCACCUGCCCAAUGGCAAUGGCAGUGUCGCCCAGAUUGUCGCCCGACGGCCCGACCGCGAGGGGCACUCAGAGUUGAGCAUUGCGGGGGUGCAUAAUCUGUCGCAGCUGCCGCUGUGCGGCGGCGGAUCGCCGGAGCGCAAGACGGUGCAGGAUGCCAUGCUGCAGGAGGCGAAGGCCUUUUACAUACCCUACCGCCACACGCCGCCCAAUGCCGUGGCACUGGGGUCAGCCGGUGGCUCCAAUGCCAGACACAAACAAUGUUCCUCAAGCAACGGCGACGGCGGCAGCGGCAGCAGCUGCCUGGAAGUGGCUGUGCCGCCCAACUCUCUGCCGCUGGUCGCCACGGUAACGGGCCUGGGUGGGGGCGGCGGCAGCAGUGCCAGACGCAGCGGCAGCCUCAGCAGCAGCAGUGCCAGCAGCAGCAGCAACGGCAGCAGCAAAAAGCAAUUCCACACGAACUUUGUGCGCCAUUCGAAUUCCAACGAUGGCAUCUGUCUGCUGGCCGAGGAGGAGGCGGCCGCCACCCUGACACCCACCUCGGAGCAUGAGUAUGCUGCCGUCUGUCUCACCAAUGGUUUCAAGUUACCCGCCGACAUGACCAAGCAGGCGAGGUCAGCCGCCGCCAAUGCCUCCAAAUACAGCAGCAGCAGCAGCAAUAGCAACAGCAACAACAACAACGGCAGCAGCAGCAGCAGCAACAGUCAGAAUAAGUCGGCUGCCGGCCAGCCAAAGGAUCGCCAGCGAGGCAAUGGCAAUCCGAUCUCGUUCAGCCACAAUGCAUCCAUAGUUCCUGCCAACGGACCACAGGCCACGGCCGUUGACAACACAGCCACUGCCACUGCGACAGCCACAGCCAGUGGCCAAGUGGCAAUGGGCAAGCAGCCCUGGCCGGCGGCGCAAGUGGUCCACCGCCGGGCACAGGUUGAUCCCAAUGGGUGAGACAGCAGCAGCAGCAGCAGCCACAUCCACGGGGCAGCAGCCGCCCCGCCAAGCCAAGCAAAAGUAUUUUUAUGAAGCUACAAAAGAGAGAAGGAAAGAGGAGAGAAGAGGAGUAUGGAAACCACAUUCACAGCUCGAAACAUUCCAAAAGACGAUGAGGAUGAGGAUGAGGAGGAUGCAUCCACUAUAUGCGUUUAGCUAGAUGGGUACAGAUGUAUGGUGAUGAUAAGCAUUUAUAAAGAAUACAUUUUAUAAAUGUAGAUAAUUAUUUAAUAAUAACUGGAAACUGGAACUAUGGGAGAAAUGAUUCGAUAAGGAUAUGAUAUAUUUAUAAAACAUACACACACACACACAUGCAUACAUACAUACAUAAAAUACAUAUACGCUAAGUUUUAAGCUAUAGGUUUUGUGUCUUGCGAUUUUGUGUUUUUACUAUAUUUUUAUUAUUG